AUGGGACAAAGAACUUCACAGGCUACUUUACAGAGUAGUACACAUUUUACUUCCAAUUCAGAUAUUCUCAAAAGUUUUAACGAUAGGGCUUUGAAACAGUUUACAGUUACAGAGCUUGUAUCCUUUAAGAAUAAGUUAGGCAAAGAUUUAAAUGAGAGGUUAACUAAUGAGGAGUUGACUAAAUGGCUGAGCGUACCACAGGAUGAAAUAUUGCUGCGAGAGUUACUGUACAAUUUUGUUCAGGUCCUUGGUAAUUUCCCACUAAUGAAGAAUUCAUAUGAGAAUGUAACUGGCAUAGGGGUAUUGAAGGCCAUCAUACUGACAAAUCCUGAAAGAUGUAAGAAAUAUGUUAAAUCCAGAAAUUAUGAUCAAUUAAAACUGUGGUUUAUAGCACUGAGUAUUCGUAAGACCGUCAAGGAGGAUCCAAACCUGUCAUCUUCUAGUUCUUCAGAAGAGUCCUUUGACGUGACCCGUAUUCUGAAGACUUUCGAUGGAUUACACGUUAACGAGCUGAGCGUUCCAUUUGCUUAUAUGGUUCCAUUUAUCUCAUGGCUACUGAUAUUGACUACCUAUUGCCCUAUAAACAACUGUAAACUGGAAAAUGUUGCCAUGUUUGACAAUUGGAAUUCUUAUAUAAAAUCUGCUCAUACAAUCCUUAGAUCAAUGAGGCCAAUGGAUGAAUCGUCCUGGAUAGAAUAUGAGCCGUUUGCUCAUACCAUGAGAUCUAUAGCUCCUCACAUCUUUGAUCCAUUGACAAGAGUUAUGGAGCAUCUACUUUUUAAAGAUGAUGAAUUAGUGGAUCCACUUUCUGAAAAUCGCGGUGAAAUAGCAUCUUCCAAAUUGCUUAAUUCGGCACUGCUAGCUCAAAUAUCCUCUGCACUAUCAAAACAAUUGCCCAUUUAUCAUUUACAAAGAUUGUAUUUAGGUAGAGAUCACGGUUUUUCCAUGAGAUCUUUCCAGGCUAAGGUGUUCAAAUGGAGUGCUCCUACCAUAAUGCUUCUUCGUGGUAAAAGAAUAUUGGAUGAUGAAGAGUACAGCGUAAAGAAUACAAGGUUUAGGAAAUUCUUACAUGAAUACCCUAAAUUAAAACCUUCGGAUAUGGAUACAGAGGUGGAGGAAAUGUAUCCGGCCAAAUCAAAAAUAAUCCUGGCGGUAUAUGUGUCAGAUCCAUGGAAAAUAACCAAUAAGGAAUUUUUCGGUGGUCCUCAUACAACUAUCGUUCAACUAUCACCAUUCCAGGAAGUCUUUGGAAGCUCUCGGGAGAAUGCAUUGUAUUUCAACACUAUUGGUGGUGGGAUUGGUAUAGGAAAUAAACAGCCUGUGAUUAAGUCUACGGCUAAAUCCUAUUCACCUGGCAAUGUAUCAUUAACGAUGGAUAGUGCAUUGGAAUUUGCAGUCCUUAGACAUGCCGGUCAAGGUGGAGUUUUAAAACCAGGUUUAGUGGUUGGUGAUAAAGAUUUUGAGGUGAAGAUGUUAUUACAAGAUGUGGAAGUCUGGGGGUGCGGUGGUGAGAAAGAAUUAGAAGAACAACUAAAACAAUGGGAAUGGGAAGAAUCAGAGGCCAAAAGACGUCAACAGAUCAACUUGCGCAGUAUUGGUGAAGAUAGAGCCCUAUUGGAAAUGGCGGGCCUGGUAGGGCAAGCUCAAAGCGGAGGAUCCGUAUAA